UUCUGUUAAAGAAUAACACACAUACCAUCAAAUCAAUUUCUGCUUCACUUGCAAAGAUUAGUAUGUCUGAACUUAGAGAUACUCCGAUAAAAUUGUUUGGGUGGACAAUUACAUCUUCUCUGUCUCCUGUUCUUAAAGAUUCUUCAGAUCACAGCAUGGAGUAUUCUUCCUCGUCUUCUUUUCCCUCACUUGGACUACACAUGAUGAACAACCAAUCAGCUACUGAUAACAGUGAACAAGACAUUACAAGUCUUAACAUAUCAUCUGAUCUUAACAAAGAGUCAAAAGAAACAUCUGAGAACAGCUACGACCAACACAGCGAGAUCACAACAACAACUACGUCGGAAGAGAAAACAACUGAACUGAAGAAACCAGACAAGAUUCUUCCGUGUCCUAGAUGCAACAGCGGAGACACCAAGUUCUGUUACUACAACAACUACAACGUUAGCCAGCCACGUCACUUCUGCAGACACUGCCAGAGGUAUUGGACUUCCGGUGGAUCCAUGAGGAGCGUCCCGGUCGGUUCAGGCCGCCGCAAGAACAAAGGAUGGGUUUCCACAGACAAUUACAAGCACAUCAGUUCCGAGAAUAACGAUUAUAAUAGCUCCUCGACUAAGAUUCUCAGCUUUGAAUCUUCGGACUCUUGUAUUAGUGAGAAAGGUAAGCAUCAACCAAGCGAUUCAAACAUAACCAAAUAUUCUGUUUCUCAAGAUUUCAAGAAGUUCCACGGGUUUCUUCCUGUGCAAGUAACAUCCUCUGUUUCGCCUCCUUGGCCUUAUCAUCAGUACCCUCUAAACCCUAGUUUCUACCACAUACCCGUCUACUGGGGCUACACGGUGCCAGUUUCGUCUACUCUAGAGACUUCCACAUGUCUAGGAAAAAGGACAAGAGACGAGCUUCACACGAAAAUGUUAGAGAGCAAAGACACUUCUGUGAGAGCAAGAUUGGAUUCACCCUCUGAGAGUAUUAAUGAUGACGUGAGCGUAGAAGACAGAGCAACUCAGCAAAGAGCAACAACAGGGAGAGCAUGUAACGUCAAACAUACACUAAGAAGAAGAGAGAUUCAGUAGUGUAUUGUUUUGCUACCUUGUAGAAGAAGAGAAAAUGUAGAUACUUUUUGUUUGUGUGAAAAAGCUGAAGAUAACUAUUAAUAUCCAUCUUAUAUAUUUAUAUGGCACAGUAAUCCUUUUGUGCAUUACCCUAA